AUGACGGCGUCUUACACUCUCCGAGUGGCAGAAGCAUGCUUCAGAGCCUUCUCUGGCUUGCUCUUCCGCUGGAGGGGCAGCAUUUACAAGCUCCCGUACAAGGAGUUCCUGCUAUUCUGCGCCUUGUAUGCUGCCCUCAGCAUCACCUACCGGCUGUUGCUGAGCCAGGAGCAGAGACACAUUUAUGCCCAGGGCCGAUACUGCACCCACUCAGCAGAGCUCAUCCCCUUGUCCUUUGUACUAGGUUUCUACGUGACUUUGUUGGCGAACCGUUGGUGGUCUCAGUAAAGCAUUCCACUGCCGGACCAGUUAAUGUGUGUCUCGGCCAGUGUGCACGGUGUGGACCAGAGUGGCUGCUUGCUACGCUAUGCCAACCUGGCAUCGGUUUUGGUGCUACGUUCGGUGAGCACCCGUGUACUCAAGCGCUUCCCCACCAUGGAGCAUGUGGUGGAAACAGGUUUCAUGUCUCAAGAAGAGAGGAAAAAGUUUGAGAGCUUGAAAUCUGACUGUAACAAGUACUGGGUCCCUUGCGUCUGGUUCACUAACCUGGCCGCCCAGGCCUGCAGGGAUCUCAUACUGGAAGAGCUGAACAAGUGCAGCAUGCUAUUCCACUAUGACUGGAUCAGCGUCCCCCUGGUCUACACCCAGGUGGUGACCAUAGUUGUCUAUUCCUCCCUGAUUGGCCGCCAGUUUGUGGAGCCAGAAACGGGGGCUGGUAAACUUCAGGAGCCUCUGGAGCCAGGCAAGGAGGCCUCUCUAGCCCUGUGGGACGUGGAUAUGUUCAUGCCUUUCACCACACUGCUGCAGUUUUUCUUUUGCGCUGGUUGGUUCAAGGUGGUUGAACAGCUCACCAACCCCUAGAAUGACGACUUUGAGACCAAUCAGCUCAUAGACUGAAACUUGCAGGUGUCCCUGCUCUCUGUGGAUGAUAAGUACCAGAACCUGCCUCCCACUGAGCAGGAUCUGUACUGGGAUAAGGCCCAACCUCAGCCACCCUAUACGCGGGUGGCCAUAGCUGCUGAGUCCCUGCAUCCUUCCUUCCUGGGUUCCACUUUCAACCUGCGCAUGAGUGAUGACCCUGAGCAGUGCCUGCAGGUGGAGGUGUCUCAGAGGUCCGACCUGCUGAGGCCUGCCACACAGACCCUGCAGCUGGGUGGCUUCCUGGGUGCAGGUGUGCCCUGGCACGCCAUAAGCCUGCAAAACUUCAGCAGAGCGCAUGGCGCUCCAGGACCUCUGCACUUCCAAAUGGGCGAUGAGGAGGCUGAGGGCCGCAUCGAUGAGGCUGUGGGUGAAGGACCUGACAGUGAAGCCCUGGAUCUCUAA